AUGCCAAGGAAAUUAGACUUUGAGAACGUCCCCUCUUUGGACGAUGUAUUGAAGACUAACUCACUUUUCUUAGAACUUGUGCUAAAUAGCCGAUUACUCUGUGGCGCUGAAUGUUCAGUUCACGUAGACGUAUGCCGUUCGUACGCCUGGAAUAGAUUGUCAUUACGCUGUCUCAUAUACAGCUUGAAAUUUGACAGUGCCCCUGUUUCUGCCAGCACGGAGUUGGGUUGGCAACAUUAUAACGUAAAAGUUUGUCCUACGACGAUUCCAAAUGGUGCAAUCAAUCUUAGUGGAGUUUUCACCCCUGGGACAACAAGCAACGCUACCUGCGACUUUGGAUACGGGACCAUAUCAGGUCAGAUUACUGCAGCCUGUAACGCCCACUAUCAAACAGAGGUCUCAGAUACCUGUCAUCCACUGAUAAUGGACGCCGCCCUGGGCAGACCAUCUAAGGAAUCUACCACGAUAAUGUCCAGUAACCCUGCAUCUGUCGCCGUGGAUGGGAAUCGUGACACUAACUGGAUGAGCGGUUCAUGCACCCACACGAGUUUUGGGGAUCCCACGCCCUGGUGGAGGGUGGACCUUCAAAGAGUUCUUUACAUCAUAACGGUCAGGCUGCUGAACAGAGGAUCCGAUAGCACUGGGAUCGAUUCCUCUGGUCGCCUUAAAGAUGCAACCGUCAACACGGGAAACACAACAUUGUCUAUCACCACGCCUUGUGGUUUCUUUGCUGGUCCCGGAACUUUAGGUCAGCUGGUGACCAUUAACUGUCCACCCUACACAGUGGGGCGAUUCGUGAAGAUUUCCAUCGUGACGGAAUUUCUGACCUUGUGUGAGGUCGACGUGUUUGCAAUUGCACCGUGA